UCGUCGGGAGAAAUACUUAUAUAAACAAAGCGAGCGAAUAAAUCAAACGAAGAUUAUAAUAAAUUUAUAAUACUCGAGACAGCAUCAAUCAAUCAAUCUGCUUUUCAAAAAAACCAAAAUUGGAUUUGGGAAUUUUUCCGGACGAGUGAAAAAGCUUCGUGCUUUGGUGCGUCGAUUGUGUGUGUGGUUUCUUCUCUCCUUUCGCUUUUCGCAUCGGUUGCUCGGUUGAAGGGCAGAAGAUUUUGUCUUUUAUAGUUGAAGUGGGUUUUGUACAAAACUUAUUCAGAUGGAUGAAAGAUAUGCACUUUGAAUAAAUAGUACACGAAUUUUCUUGUCUGUUGGACCUGACCAAGCCAAGAAUCUUUGUGGGGGCUUCUGAUUGGCUCGAGCUUCUGGAAUUAUCAUCACACGUGUCGAGUUGCAACGUAAACAAAUGGAGGACGAUGGAGAAAUUGGGAUGUUCAGCAAGAAUCCAUUUGAAACGGUUGAGUCUCGCGGGUUCAUCUUCACUUGCUUUGUUGCUGCCCUUGUUGGUAUUCUCACCAUAGCCUACACUGCUUCUCAGUGGCGAAGGAAUAUCAACUUGAGCUGGACAAAAGCCAUCGCCAGGUCGAAGAAAAACCCAAAGGCACGGCACAAGACUCCUGUCGCCCCGCAUAGCUGGGAGCGCGACUCUGUAUCCCGUGCCAAGAACUUGAACUGCUCUGUGUGCUUGAAGUCCAUGUCGCCGUCUCAGACAAUUGUAGCCUCUGAAAGUGUUAUCCACAGGUGCACCGUCUGUGGAGCGGCAGCUCAUUUUAGUUGCUCUUCAAGUGCGCCUAAAGAUUGCAAAUGCGUCUCCAUGGUUGGAUACGAGCAUGUGGUGCACCAGUGGUCAGUGCGGUGGACGGAAGGUGCUGAUCAGUCUGACGAAUCCUCGUUUUGUAGCUACUGUGACGAGUCGUGCAGUAGCUCCUUUCUUGGGGGUUCUCCUGUAUGGUGCUGCUUAUGGUGUCAACGUCUUGUCCAUGUCGACUGUCACAGUAAUAUGUCAAAUGAAACAGGUGACGUUUGUGAUCUAGGCCCUCUUAGGAGGUUAGUUUUGUGCCCUCUCUACGUUAAGGAACUGACACGGAAUCCCUCUGGAGGGUUUUUGAGCACGAUCACGCAUGGUGCAAACGAACUCGCAUCUACGGUGCGUGCCAGUAUCCGGAUUCAAAGCAAAAAAUACAAGCAAGGUAAUGAAACUUCGGCUGAGUCAGGUAAUAGUGGUAGCAACGGUGAUGAAUCGACGGAAAGCACAGCUGAUACAGGUCCGGCUGUUGUUAAUGGCAACCAUGCCGCGUUGGAAAACUCAAGCAGCGUUGUGAAUGGAGGUUCCUCCCAAGGGGAUAGCGAUAGCAGUGGCAAGCUGGAGAAGAAGCCUAGUGUUAAAAGAAGCGGGUCUUUUGGUAAAAAAGAUGAAUAUCAGGGACUAAGGUCGAAGCUUAAGUAUGAGCUUGCUGAUUUGCCUCCAGACGCAAGACCGUUGUUGGUUUUCAUUAACAAAAAGAGUGGUGCUCAACGAGGUGAUUCUCUUCGGCAGCGUCUUAAUCUUCUUCUAAAUCCCGUGCAGGUGUGUGAAUUAAGUUCAGCGCAGGGACCAGAAGUGGGACUUUUCCUCUUCAGGAAGGUUCCUCACUUUAGAGUUCUUGUUUGUGGUGGAGACGGCACUGCUGGUUGGGUAUUGGAUGCCAUAGACAAACAGAAUUUCGUCUCUCCUCCUGCGGUUGCUAUCCUUCCUGCUGGAACCGGGAAUGAUCUAGCCCGGAUAUUGAACUGGGGUGGUGGUUUGGGUUCUGUUGAGAGACAAGGAGGCUUAUCUACAGUAUUACAGAACAUAGAGCAUGCUGCAGUCACUGUCCUUGAUCGUUGGAAAGUAUCGAUUCUGAAUCAACAAGGAAAACAACUCCAGCCGCCAAAAUAUAUGAACAAUUAUAUAGGGGUUGGGUGUGAUGCGAAGGUAGCCCUUGAUAUUCAUAAUCUACGGGAGGAGAAUCCAGAGAGAUUUUAUAGCCAGUUUAUGAACAAAGUCCUAUACGCUAGAGAAGGUGCAAGGAGUAUAAUGGACAGAACAUUCGAAGAUUUCCCUUGGCAAGUUCGAGUUGAGGUGGAUGGUGUUGACAUCGAGGUUCCUGAGGAUGCGGAAGGAGUACUUGUUGCAAACAUCGGAAGUUACAUGGGAGGUGUGGAUUUAUGGCAGAAUGAAGAUGAAACAUAUGAAAACUUUGAUCCGCAAUCUAUCCACGACAAGGUAGUAGAAGUCGUGAGUAUAUCUGGAACGUGGCACCUUGGAAAACUCCAGGUUGGCUUAUCUCAAGCAAGAAGGUUAGCUCAGGGGCAAUCAGUUAAGAUACAACUUUGUGCGCCGUUGCCUGUGCAAAUCGAUGGAGAACCUUGGUCUCAACAACCAUGUACCUUAACCAUAUCGCACCAUGGCCAGGCUUUCAUGCUAAAAAGAGCAGCGGAGGAGCCACUGGGUCACGCAGCGGCUAUAAUCACAGAUGUUCUAGAGAAUGCAGAAACAAAUCAAGUGAUCAACGCUUCACAGAAACGAGCUCUGCUUCAAGAAAUGGCUGUAAGGUUAACUUAAAAGGAAGAAAGUAUUGAUUUCUGCUUCAACUGGUUAGUCACUGUGUAAUAGAAGUUUUCAAAUAUAUGUGUAUUUACAUGUCUCGUCUCUCUGUCUAUCGAAUGGAAUGUUAGACAAGUCUUGGAGAUCGAACCCGCUGAGUGCAGAAGCGGGUUCUAUGUGGAAGUAGGAAAAAACAAAGAAAAUGGAAUCUGGUUUCCAAGAUUUUUUGGCAGUUCUCAUAGUGUUGUAGUGUCAUGAGUCAUGACAUGAAUGGAACUGAUACAGAGCUUGUUAAAUUAUCAUUUUCAGAAAGAAUCAUGUAAAUAUAUUAUAUCAUAAAGCCUGUUAUUUUUCUUAGAUUA